CGGAACUCCUUCAGGACUGUUGGAAAAGUAUUCCAGGAUAACAUGCGUACGGUUGAGGACCAUCUGUAAAGUGUUGGACCUGGAGAAGGGUGGAAACCAGUCAGUCCUCAUCGACAGGAUCAUGACUUUCCUCAUGAGUCCCAGAAUAUCAGGAAAGCCUGUGAUCUCAAAGAGAAAGAAGAAGUCUAAGAAGAAUAUCUCAACCAAAGACUCUAAGAGCAAGACCAAGGCUAAGGCCAGGAGUACAUCCAGCAGCCCCCGGAAGGUCAAAGCAGAGAGCAAGUCCAAAGCUAUCGUCACUGAUUCUAGCAGUGAUGACGAUGAGGAUGAGGACGACGAGCAAGGAGUCAAAGUAGAACAAGACGAGUCGGACGCUGAAAAGAAGAGCGGGAAAUCGGGAAAGAGGGAAAAGGUGACGACCGAUGACGAUACCGAUGAAUCUGAAGACUACGACGAUGAGGAUCCCAAGUCAAAUCCAGCAGCCAAGGGCAAGAGAACACCUUCCAGGAAGCGUGCGCAACCAGCAAAGAAGGCAGCUCCUGCCAAAAAGAAAACAAAAGUGGAAGACUCCGACCUGUCUGAGUCUGAUUCAGACAAGGAUGAUGAAGAUGAGGAUGAGAAAGACGGCGAGAGUGAAGUUGAGACAAAAAAGAAACCGGCAGCUAAGAGGGCAGCACCYGCCAAGCCAGCAGCUAAGACCAAGAAAGCAGACAGCAGCAGUAACAAACAGAAAAAGACUGCCAACAAGGGCAAUGCACUCGACAGCUCGGACGACGAUGAGCCGUUGAUCAAGAUGAUCAAGAAGCCUCCGACAGAUGAGCAGCUAAAGGAGACMGUGAAGAGGCUGCUGAAAGACGCCAACCUGGAGGAGAUGACCAUGAAGAAGAUCUGCCAGAAGGUGUACGACACAUACCCAGACUAUGACCUGACCAGCAGAAAGGACUAUGUCAAGCAGACAGUAAAAAUUCUGAUUUCCUAAAGGACAUGAAAAUGGUCCUUGUGACAAAUAACUGUGUGAACGUUCCAAUGCUGGAAAAGGAUAAUCAAAACAWUGUGCCUACCUUAGAACUGCUCAAACCCCAGUUUUACUUCAUGUGUUUGUUUUUAUUUGAAUCAAAAUGUUUUUGUUUCUGUAUUAUGUAAUUUCCAACUUGACUGUACACUUCUCUUUAGGUCAUAUUUAACAUGCUACUUAAGGCUUAUGCAUUUGAGUCAUUGCUUGUUAAUAAUCUGUGCUUUGUUAAUACACUUUACAGUUUUUCUACUGAUCCCAAGCAAAGGGUAUUUAGGCUAAACGAACCGUGUUUAGAGAUUCAUGGUUGGUCACUGUAAAUGGAAACAUGUCCUCAGGCAAUGCAUGAAUUCACACACUGUUGAUUUUAAAUGUAUUUCUUGARUUGACCAGUCAAAAUGGAAUAAGGCCCCUCACUAUAGCUAUCCACUGCAUUAGUCUUCUGUGGAGGAUUUCWAAUCUUUCCCUCUGUGGUUUUGAUGCACAUAUAACAGCUUUAUAGCAACACAGCAGUGGUAUGUAUGUAUGUAUGCUGGGGUGUAUUCACUAGAACCAAACGGGGAGGGACCUACAGGAAUUUGACCAAUAAACUUUCUGUUUUUAGUAAARGGUUUCUGUUGCAAAACAUUUUGGACUAAUGAUUCCACCCCUUUUCCCUUCCCCCUAGGCAUUUUGUGUAAAAUGGUUUUGCAUGGCAAGCUUUUCAAUUGAGUUUUGAAAAGUAUUGUCACGGUCAAGUCUUCAAACAUAUUCCUUGAUUGCAUUUAUAAGACUUCAUGUUUUUAUAUGUAAAUGUGUACAUUUGUGAAUCAUUUACUUUUGAUGAGAUCCUGUUUUUGUCCUUAUUUUGUCUCUGUAUGCAGUACAGGAUGAUCUGAUUUAUGUAGUUGUUACCUUGCUCAAUGAAGAGUUGGAUUUUUUUAGUCAAUAUACCUUUGACAAAGUAAGUGUCAUUGAAUGAAAUUGUCUUCCAAUGUUAUGCAUAUAAAUUAAAUCAGAUUUUUGAAUGAA